CUCUGCUUUCUGUCUUUCUCUCUCACCAAACUCUGCUCCGCGUGCACUGCCUAUAAGACACGCCGGGCCAAGAACGCAACACCAUUCUGCCUGCAUCUUUCUUUCUCCUUAUCUCAUCAUCUGUACCCUCCGUAGUGUUCGUAUCAAUCUCCAGCUCCGGCUCCGAUGAAGGACCGACGCGGCGGCGCUGGAUUCCCCUUCUCCAUCGGCUGCAUGUCGCAGUCCGCCGUGGCCGUCGCCCACCCGCUCGGUAAGAAGCCACCAGCACCGGCGCCGCAGCCGCAGGCCGACAACCCUUCUUCCUCCACCACGACGACGGCCACCGCACAGGAGAGAGGCGCCGGAGAAGAAAGCAGCGAGGACAAGGCGAGAACCGCGGCGGCGGCGGCGGCAGGGACCGUCACGGCCGGGGUGCAGCGGCUGCUCAGGGGAAUCAAGACCUUCUUCGCGGCGUACGACGUCGAUGAAGAGGAGGACGACGAGGAGCAGGAGAUCGUGAUCGGGUACCCCACCGACGUGCAGCACGUCGGACACAUCGGCUGGGACGGGAUCAACAAGGUGGGCGGCAUGGGCGUGGGCGUGGGCAUGGCCGGCGCCUUCUCCCUGCCAUCCUCCCUCUCCCUCCGCCAGCUCGAGAUCGCCAUGGACCCCGGCGCUGGCAGCACCACCUGCAUCAACUGACCAAUCUCUGCUGCCAUUGUCACGCUCCUCGAGCUCGACAACCCACCAUCACUAGUGCUAGUAAAAAAAGAGUUGAGAUGAGUGAUCUCAUCUUUCAGUUCUUCAACGUGCUUGCUGAUGAUUGAUAAUUACCUUGUCAUUUGGUAAAAUUUCUUUUUUAACUUUGGACGAGAUAAGAAGCAUAUGCAUAGGUUUGUGUAUACUAUGUGGAGUGGAGUUGUGUACAUACUUGGUAGAUUGUGGGAGCUUCAGCUUGUUUCAAGAUCUCUACUGGCCAUGGGGCCCCUGCUCUUCUUCUUUUCCAUUGAAGUUGCUCUUAAACCAGAUGGUAAAAUCUUGUCAGGAGUGAUGAUGAUUAAUUGC